UGACCCUAAUUCCUCACGAAGUGUUGAUAGAGAAGACGGUAGUCAAAAAAUUAUCUGCGUUUUGAAGAAUUGAUUACGCAUACAUAAACUACUCCAACAAAAAUGGCACGUCAAAAGGUUCUUGUUCUUGCUUUAACAAUGCUCUUCAUAGGUUUAUCUUUGGAGUUAUCAUCAUAUGCCUCAGCUGCAGAUUCCCCAUCGAAGAGUCCAACAGCAUCUCCAUCACCAAAAUCAUCGCCGGUAUCAAGCUCACCACCAUCAGAAUCACCUGUUCCCAGCAAAUCAUCUAGUACUAGUAGCACAACUGCACCAACCCCAUCGGCUACUAAGGAUGAUGAAGACGAAGCCCCGGCUUCAUCACCAACAUCAAUUUCCACAGCAAAAACACCCACAUCUUCACCAACAGGUAGUAAAGCUUCACCUCCUACAAACGAGGCCGACUCGCCUUCGGCUUCUACCCCAUCAUCCGAUGACUACCCUACAUCACCACCCUCGCCAGCCCCUGAUGCCUCUGCCACGUCUCCUGCUGCUGGAGGACCUGUUGCAGCUGAUGGCCCCAGUGAAGCUGAUGCUCCCGCACCAGCCGAUGAUACAAAACAAUCUGGCGCUUCAGCCUUGAAGAUUUCAUCUGCAAGCGGUCUUGCCGUCAUUGCCAGUUGCUUAUUAUUCUGAUAAGGAUAUUGAGCUGGCUAGCUAGAAGGUGCGAAAAGCUAGGGCUAAAAAACCUUGAUUUCUUCAUCAAGAGUACGUAAAUUGCCAGUGUUCUGUAGGGGCAACAUUGGUUAAUAAUGUAUCAUGAUUUUUCGUUUUUUAAAGUCAUCAAUCAUCUAUGUAUUGUAUUUUUGUAUCUUGUAUACUGAUUGGAGUUGCUUCAUAAACUAAGAGAAACUUUCAUAUUCUUCCAAACGUAA